CACACUGUGACCACAACUCCAGGUCGCUGCGCGCGGCUCACACAUUCGACUGCCAGCGCCCUCCUCGCUCUCUCAACACCACCACUGCGUUGGUAUCACGACUCGACUUGUACCAUUCAUCUUGCAUCCUCCAGCGUCGUCGAACAGCUUCGCUCCGUGAUGGACUUCAUUUUUUGCCUCCCGAUCAUCUUCGGAUGCCCAACCAAGAUCAAAGCGGACGGUGACCAGACACCCAGGGUGUGUCCCAGAUGUAACAACGUAUCUGUAACCAGCGCGAAGUCGAGGCUAUGGUUCGAGCUCUGCUGGAUUCCGCUCGUUCCGAUGAAGUCGAGCCGCAUUUGGAUGUGCUCCAUAUGCCAAUGGAACAUCCCGCUCCAGGCUAACUGGGAACCUGCCUUACCGGGUGGAAACCAUCAGCCCGGGGGGCGGGGCAUUUCCCAACCAGGCUUACACGGCCAGCAGUCUGGGUACAUGCAGCCGCCUCCGAAUGGCUAUCAACCGGGUUACCAACCGGGCUAUAUCAGCCACGACAACCCGGCAGGUCAGAAGGGACCUGCUUCACAAUGAGAUGUAUACACCUUCCCGCCAUCUGUACAACAAGGACUCUGUGAUUCCAUGUAUUCACAAUAGCUCUGCCGGCAUGUAACACUACAUUGUAGAGUCCUAUUCAGUACCGGAUUAUUUUACGACCGCGAC